AUGCAUCGUGGAGCUUCGUUCGGAGGGUCUGGUAGCUCUGGCUACAACGGCUACAGCAACGGACGGUCGAAUGGAAGUGCGGGUGGCAGUGGUUAUGGCGGCUCGAGCAGUGGAUUUGGUGGCCAUGGCGGUGCGGGCGGUGGACGUCGGGGCAACGGUGAUGGUUAUCGCCGGCCACCAGGGCCUCUCGUCACUUCAUCAGAGUCCGAAACCUCUGAGGAAGAGGAGUCGAGCUCGGACGAAGACGACUACCGGACCGCGCGGACAGCAACGUCUCGCGGCUCACGAGGGUCGCAAGACGACGACGUUCCACUUGCCCAGCAGAUCCCGACAGCUCUCACAGCCCAGCGCACGAUCCGGCGACAAGUCCGCGAUGAGAUGAGCCAGCGGCGACGAGACAGGCAGCAGACGAUCCGGCGAGAGCGGGACGAGACGAUCCGCGACGAGCGUAGGACGCUCAGAGCACAGUCGCCCAACGCCGUGCACGAGGCGCUCGCGCGGACAGCGUCAGCCAAGGCGAAGGCGGCAGUCGCCGCAGCCGCUGAGCCCUCGAGUGGCCGAACUCUAUCGGGCACGACGCGCGGGCACCCACAGGCGGCGCCCGUUGGGCGUCCGCGCACGAAGACGCUCCCCGGGAAUGUCGGCUCUCCGAUUUCGAUCGGCGACCUCACCAAGAAGCUGCUCGGCGUCCAGGCGAGCGGCGUCCUGCCCUCGGUGGUCGGCAAGGUGCGCCGCCCUUCAGUAGAAAAGUCCCCCGCGGGUAAGGCGCAAUCGAGAGAUGCAAGUCUUACGCGUGGCGCGGAGCGGUCUUUCUCGCUGCAGAGGCAGCCUACUCGCACCUCCAAGGCCGACCAAGAUGAUGGCCGCGGGAGGCCUCUGCGCCCGAUGCGCUCGUUCCAUCGCCCGAACGCCGUCCCUCCCGCUGAUGCGCUCCGAGGACCCCCUCUUCCCAUGAGCAUUGGGAGCCCAGUCCGCGUUGCGUUCUCUAACAAGCCUCAGGAGCCGUUACCCCCGGUGUCCGUCGCGCCGUCUGUUCCACUUCUGCCGGAAGAACAUCGUGCCCUAGAGCGCGCAAAGUCCUGCAGACAGGCCUCUCGCAGACCCAGUGUAGAACCAGACCGGCCGCGCAUGCCCUCGCUUGAGCGGGAAACUGUGUCAGCAGGUCCCCGGGGCCGCAAAAUGUCGGUCAAUGGCCUAGGCACACCAUCUCACGCUGUCUCCGUUCCAUUCGCCCCAGCAGCUACGGUCAAAACCCCCUCCCAGGUGAAGCCGCAGCAGCUAUGGCAGCAACGGAUCCACGUCGGCACCAUGCAGCAGUAUGUGGUCGUCGAGAUUAGCCCUACGACCAGUGCGGGAGAGAUCCUGCAGCUCGUCGACGCGCAGGGCGCAUUGGCAGGCGGUGCCGGUGAGGGCGGCUAUAUGCUGUGGGAGGUCGCUCAGGACUUCGGCAUGGAACGCCCCAUCCGCAGUUUCGAGCUACUGGCUGACAUCUGCAAUGCCUGGCACUCGGACAAGAUGCUCCUCAACUUCCUGGUCAUUAAGAGGACGCUGCUGUCGUCGCUUCUCAGCCGUUCCAACCUGCCACGCAGCUCUCCCAUGCACAGCGGAUAUAUCCAGUACGAGUACAAGCGUGGCAAGUGGCAGAAGCGGUGGAUGGAACUCCGCGAGCAUAGCUUGUGGUUGUCGAAGCGCGAGGGUGGGAAAGACUCCGUGUUCCUGUGCUCGCUGAACAACUUCGACGCCUUCUACAUGAUCCGUCCGUAUAAGGGUGCCAGCACGAAGGGGUACUCCUGGGCCGUGAAGUCCACGGAUAGUCUGACGUUCUUCGAGAACACGGCAGACUACGUGCACGUCUUCCACUCUAACACUGAGUCCGAAGGCAAGGCCUGGGUAGAGAAAAUCCUUCUCGCUCGCUCGUACGUCCUCUACCAGGAGCGCAACAUCAUCUCUACGUCAGCCGGAUCAGCAUUGACACGGACGACCACCCGUGCUGGGCAAAGACCCGCACAACCACUCGUCAACGUCGGUGCGCCCAAGGCAGAGGGUCCUGUACCAGCUGUUCCUGUCGGAUUCGAGCCUGGAUCUCUGCUGGCCAAGCGCCUACCGGCGUAA